GGCCCUGUCCGGCGCUGAGGGUUGUGCAGGAGGAACCCCGAGCUGUCAGGGCGGGCGUCCUGCUCCGUGCCCGGCGUCCUGCUCCGUGCCCGCCACCCCGCGCGCCGCCCGCACUAUGGCCGCCCCGCCGCAGCUGCGGACUCUGCUCCUUGCGAUCAACGCACUGUUGCGCAAGCGCCGCUACCACGCAGCGUUGUCCAUGCUUAAGGGCUUCCGGAACGGGGCUGUCUAUGGAGCCAAAAUCCGGGCCCCUCACGCACUGGUCAUGACCUUUCUCUUCCGGAGUGGCAGUCUCCGGGAGAAGCUGUGGGCUAUCCUGCAGGCCACGUACACUCACUCCCGGAACCUGGCCAGCUUUGUGUUCACUUACAAGGGACUCUGCGCCCUGCAGUCCCACCUCCAGGGCGAGACCUACCAGGUGCACUCAUUCGUGGCUGCCUUCCUUGGGGGCGUCCUGGUAUUUGGAAACAACAAUAACAUCAACAGCCAGAUCAACAUGUACCUGAUGUCACGCCUCCUGUUUGCCCUGUGCCGCCUGGGCGUGGGGAAGGGCUACAUCCCUGAGCCCAGGUGGGACCCGUUCCCGUUGUUCACCGGGUUACUGUGGGGGCUGGUGCUGUGGCUCUUCGAGUACCACCGGCCCACGCUGCAGCCCUCUCUGCAGUCCUCCAUGACCUACCUGUACGAGGACAGCAACGUGUGGCACGACCUCUCGGACUUCCUCAUCUACAGCAAGAGGCGCCCCUCCGAGUAACUUGGCCCCAAGGUGCCCAUGGAGGCUCCCGCACCCAAGUCACCAUCGGCGGGCUCAGCUCAAGAUUGGCUCCAUCAGCGAAUCAUCCCAGGGGAUCCGGCCUUUUCAAGACCCGGGGUCUCAGACUCUAACUUUUAUUAGCCCGGGGUUCCAUUUGCCGAAGUGAAAGCCCUGAUUUUCAGACCCCAUUAGGUACUCUUGAAUGGUGGAACGAGCCGCCAGAUCAGGCUGAGCAGCCUUGGGCGCGGUGACAGCUGUGCUGCUGACUCUGUGAGACCAGGGAAAGUCAUACCCCACCCUGGGCCUCAGGGGUCAUCGCACUCAGAGGAGGGCACUGAAGUCUCUUUCUGGUGGGUAUGUUUUCCGACCGUUCUUCUGGAACAGAGGGCUCCUGGCUGGUGGGUAGUGGGUUGCAAAUGCGUUUUUAGAAAAUAUUCAGUUCCUCGUCUUAGGUGUUCUACUGGAGAAGCUCUAGCGUUUCCACUGUCCAGUAGAAACACGAUGUGAGUCAUAUACGUGAUUGAAAUUUUUUUAGUAGCCACAUUUUUUAAAAAGUGGAGGGAAUUCGCUGGCGGUCCAGUGGUUAGGACUCCGAGCUUUCACUGCCGAGGGCCCGGGUUCAAUCCCUGGUUGGGGAACUAAGAUCCCACAAGUCUUGGGGUGUGGCCAAAAAAAAGGGGGGGUGGGGAAGAAGCAGGUGAGAUUAACCU